CCCAUUUAUGACCAGAGCGGAUGUGUUGUUUUGUUUCUUGAAAACACGCCACUUUUAACAGAAUUCAUCACCACUAAUUAGGUCCAAAGUCUACCUGUUGUAGAUAGAUUGAAAAUGGAGUAUUUAAAGUUAGCUGGUGCCAGCGUGGUGACAGUGGGAGCUGUUGGUACUGCAGCAGCCUUAUACUUUUCACAAGGUCCAGAACAAUUCCCUAGAAUUAAUGAUAUGAAGAAUCAAACACAGCCAUGGAAGCGUGAUCCUCAAGCCAGAAUUUCUACGCUUUGUAAAAAUGGAGAAAUUCAAGGAUACAUUCAUGAAGAUUCUAGAACUUUACUAGAGUUUUUUAAACGUGGAGCCAGAAUUUCAAAGAAUGGUCCAUGUUUAGGAUAUAAACCAUCUUCUAAUGAACCUUAUAAAUGGAUUAGUUAUGAUCAGGUUUUAGAACGAUCUAAAAAUAUUGGAUCUGGAUUGAUAAAGUUAGGACAUUCAGCAUCUAAUAAAACACAUAUUGGUAUUUAUUCUCAAAAUAGACCUGAGUAUGUGAUACUAGAUGAAGGAUUAUAUAUGUAUUCUAUGGUUGGUGUACCAUUAUAUGAUACUCUUGGUGUAGAAGCUUGUAAUUUUAUUAUUGAUCAAGCUGAACUAGAAACAGUUGUCUGUGAUAAUAAUGUUAAAGUCAAGAAUUUAUUAGAUCGGUGGAAAGAUACCAAACAAAUUAAAACAAUAGUUUGUAUGGAUAAAUUUUCACCAGAAAAUAAAGCUAAGGCUGAUGAAUAUGGCAUUAAAACUGUAUUAUUUACAGAACUUGAGGCAUUGGGUAGAGACAACCCUGUACCUGAAAAUCCCGCCAAACCUGAUGAUUUAUGUCUGAUAUGUUAUACUAGUGGUACUACAGGUCUACCAAAAGGAGCUAUGUUAACACAUAAAGGUUUAGUAGCUGUUAUAGAUGGAUGUGCUGCACAAUUAGUAAGUUAUAAUUAUUGUGUAGCUAUAGGACCUGGUGAUAAGAUGAUAUCCUACUUGCCAUUAGCUCACAGUUAUGAAAGAAUGUUAGAGGGCUAUAUUUUCUCUCAUGGAGCAGCACUAGGAUUUUUUCAAGGUGAUGUAAGAAAGUUGAUGGAUGAUAUUAAAGAAUUACAGCCCACGUUAUUUCCUACUGUUCCUAGAUUAUUAAAUAGAUUCUAUGAUAAGGUUAUGACUGGUGUUAAUUCUAGUUCCUUAAAGAAACUGUUAUUUAACAUAGCUUUAUGGGAAAAAGAAAAAGAAAUUGUGAGAGGUGUAAUAAGAAAUGACAGUAUUUGGGAUAUACUGGUGUUUAAGAAGAUACAAGCUGCACUAGGUGGUAAGGUUAGAUUAAUUACCACAGGUUCAGCACCUUUAGCUCCUAAAGUUCUCAGCUUUUUACGCUGUAUAGUUGGAUGUCCAGUUAUUGAAGGUUAUGGUCAGACUGAGAAUCAUGCUAUAUCUACUUUACAAAUACCUGGUGAUCCUCAAUCAGGUACUGUGGGACCACCGUUAGUAUGUAAUGCCGUUAAAUUAUUUGAUGUACCAGAAAUGGAAUAUUUUGCUAAAAAUGAUCAAGGAGAGAUAUGUAUUAAAGGACCAAAUGUAUUUAAUGGAUACUUAAAAGAUCCAUCUAAAACUAGAGAGGCUAUAGAUAAAGAUGGUUGGUUACAUACUGGUGAUAUUGGUGAAUGGUUACCGACUGGGACACUAAGAAUUAUUGAUAGAAAGAAAAACAUCUUUAAACUGGCACAGGGAGAAUAUAUUGCUCCAGAAAAGAUUGAAAAUGUGUAUGUGAGGUCUUCAUUAAUAUCUCAAGUAUUUGUCCAUGGAGAUAGUUUACAGGCAUGUUUAAUAGGUAUUGUUGUACCUGAUCCUGAUUCUUUACCAAAAUUCUGCAAACAAAAACUUAAUUUAAAAGGAGAUUUAUCAGAUUUAGCCAGAAAACCAGAGGUAAAGAAAGCUAUCCUAGAAGAUUUAUUAGAAGUUGGCAAGAAAGCAGGACUUCAUUCUUUUGAACAGAUUCGUGAUGUUUAUGUUUAUCCUGAAAUGUUUUCAGUUGAAAAUGGUUUAUUAACACCAACAUUUAAAGCAAAACGACAAGAAUUGGCCAAGUAUUUCUCUAAACAAUUGAAAGAAAUGUAUGCGAAAAUGGCCUAAAACUUAUUGAAUCAUUCCAAAAUGAUGAAAUAAAUUAUCAAGAUAUCAUUUUAUUACAAAAGGAGCCUCUUUCACAAAAUAGUUAAACAUCAGUCCUAUCCAGGAGAACUUCUAUAUCAUAAACAUUUUGUGAAACUGGUUCGUACAUCAUCUAGUUAAAUAUGGUCAGAUGUUUCUAUAUGAAAACUGAUAUAAUGUGACGUUAUGAUAAUAGAGCAACUAGGUAACUGGUGAGAUUUCCUUUUAUAUCCAGUUAAUUUAUUCCUUUAAAUUUAUCAUAAUAAAAAAACUUACAAACUGUGUUAAAAACACAGACCCUGUUUAACUAGAAGAUUUAUAUACAUCAAUUCUUGUUUAUUUAUACUAUCUUAUUAUUUAUUAUAAAAUUCAUACAUAAAAAAAAUGCUUGGUUAAAAAAAAAAGGAUGCAAUUUGCUGUUGUUUGUUAAGGUUUAUUUGUGUUGUAUGCUUAAUUUGGUUAGUGAUAGAUUAUUAUAUUUAUUAUCAACUAGACUACUAACCACUGUUUCAAUAAAAUCAGCUGACAAAGAAAAGUUUAUCUGGCUUGAUUCCAGACUAAAUAUUGAGGAGAGCUCAAACUAUGGUAUUGAUACUAACAGAAGGAUUGCUAGGUUUUCAAAAUCAAUGACCAGGGCUGGCAGAAAAGUUCUAAUUCUAACUUUGAAAGACUUUUGCCAGCAGUGCUGCAAGGUCUGGAUGCAGAUCAAGGAAAGAUUUCUGCAGCUAACUUAAAAAAGUCUUUCACAGUGGAAAUGACUAUUAAUUUUUAAUUAUUCAUUACUGAUACAAUUUUGGGAAACUGGGUGAAGUCUGAGAGGCCAAAAAUAUAUAAACUCAUGGGCAUGACAAUGACACGUUUCUGAUCUUCUGUAAUGAGCUCUAACACCCUUCUUGCAGUUUUUAGUUUCAUGAUUCAUUAAAUAAGUGUAGGCCAAUUCAAUUGGGAUAUCCCAGUUAGGCUUAGCGGUAGAACUUGUCAGCUAAGUGUUUUUUUUAUAGCUUACAAAAUAAAUUGAAAAUUCCCUCAAGCAGACAUCUAAGCUACAUUGAAAUAUAUGACUGGCUUAUCAUAUGCAAGAAUACACAAUAUGUCACAGCGAACCUUCUGCAGUUCACUGAAAGAGGUGUGUGAAGGUUGAAGUGUGUCUGAUAAUUUUCCACAAAAACAAAAAGCACAACAUAUCUUAUAUUAUUACUCCUAUUUCAACCAUUAACAGAACCUGGUCUUCAAAUUUACAAUUAAGCUAGUCAACACUUACAUUUAGUAAUAGUGUUUAAAUUUGACUUCAAUGAAUGUUGAAUCAAAAUAUAACAUUAGUCAAAAGUCAUUUAUUUGAAUUAAACCGGUUUAUUUUAGUUUAUAUUUCUUGAUAUUAGUGAAUUGUACAUUAUAUUUUACAGUUUUAACUAUGGCAGCAGAUAUUUAUGUGAAAGUAUAAAGUAGGCUUACUAAUUAGUUUAUUUACUAUUAGAGAUUACAUCUAAGAUUAGUCAACAUAGGUAGUUAUAUUGUUCUUUAUGACAAUGUCAAUUUUAUGAUUUAGAUUUGGUAAUAGACAUACCAGUAUUACGCUUCAGCUUUAGAAUAUUUUUUUUGACAAGUUUCAUACAGGGCAUAUAAUUUCUAGUAGAAGUAGUUAACCUUAGUUAAAAUAACAGUAACAAAUACGUUCUGACUGUCAAAUGAUGGUCAUUCGGGCAUCAUAAUUAUCAACAGAUUACUUUUCAGUUGUGAUCUAAUCCUUUCAUGUCAAUGAUAUUUAGUUUCAUAGCAGAUAUCUCAAUCAGUUGUACUUAUGAUGUCCAAGAUGUGUAUUAUUAAGAAAAGCAGUUUGAAACCAAAGCAUUUGUUUGAUAAGGAAUACCACGACAAUAAAUUAACUUUAUAAAGAGUUUGUGAGUGCUGUAUGAGAGAUUGUGAAAGCUCAAAAACUCUGUAAUUACAUUAACUUCUUAUUUAUGUCUUAUCAAUUACAGAAUUCAACACUGCUCUUGUAUGUUUUAAAUUCAUGCUUCGAAUAUGCUUUCAUCCUGUGACAUUGGGAAAUAAAAUUGACCUGUAUAAGCUUAUGAGGAUGGGUAACACCAUGUAGUGUGCAAUGAAGGAAAUUUUGCAGUUUUUAGUUUCAUGAUUCAUUAAAUAAGUGUAGGCCAAUUCAAUUGGGAUAUCCCAGUUAGGCUUAGCGGUAGAACUUGUCAGCUAAGUGUUUUUUUUAUAGCUUACAAAAUAAAUUGAAAAUUCCCUCAAGCAGACAUCUAAGCUACAUUGAAAUAUAUGACUGGCUUAUCAUAUGCAAGAAUACACAAUAUGUCACAGCGAACCUUCUGCAGUUCACUGAAAGAGGUGUGUGAAGGUUGAAGUGUGUCUGAUAAUUUUCCACAAAAACAAAAAGCACAACAUAUCUUAUAUUAUUACUCC